CACCAAAUCAUAUAAGGAAUAUAACACAAAAUAUACAUGGGUAUGAAUGUGCAGAGAGAGUCAAUGGCCACUCCAAUUGUUGCUCUUAUGCUAGUCUUGCUCCUCCCAAAAUAUCUACCAGUGUUUGGGACCGUUAUUCACCAAUCGUCUGAUGCUGAUCUUUUGGCAUUUUCUUUAAAUCUUGAGUAUUUGGAAGCUGAAUUCUUCUUGCAUGGAGCAUUGGGUUAUGGCUUGGACAAAGUUGCUCCACAACUGACCAAGGGGGGUCCACCUCCCAUUGGUGCUACAAAAGCCAAUUUAGAUGAUCUCACAAGAGAUGUCAUCUUGCAAAUCGGGUUGCAAGAACUUGGACACGUGAGGACUAUUCAUAAGACAGUAAAAGGGUUCCCAAGGCCAUUAUUGAAUUUAAGUUCACAAUUAUUUGCAAGUUUAAUUAAUGCCGCAUUUGGGAGAGAGAUAAGACCUUCUUUUGAUCCUUACAGAAAUAGUCUUAACUUUCUUAUAGCAUCAUAUGCGAUUUCCUAUGCUGGACCCACUGUCUACGUUGGAGACAACCCAAAUCUCACGGGAAUUACUUUCAAGAAAGUCGUGGCAGGUCUUCUGGGUGUGGAAGCAGGCCAAGAUGCUGUAAUUAGAGCAUUGCUCUAUGAGCGUAGGGAGAUGAGAGUGAUGCCAUAUAAUAUAACUGUGGCAGAGUUCACAAAUCGAAUUUCUGAGCUAGGGAACAGGUUGGGACGAGGUGGUGUGAAGAGUGAAGGGCUUGUGGUACCAAUAGCUCUAGGCACUGAGGGAAGAGUUUCUGGAAACGUGCUCUCCGCAGAUCAGAACUCACUUUCGUAUGGAAGGACACCAAUAGAGAUACUUAGAAUUUUUUAUGGAAGUGGUGAUGAACGUAAGCCUGGGGGCUUCUUUCCCAACGGAGCUAAUGGUAAAAUUGCUAGGUCUUAUCUUUCGCUUCCUGCCUAGCCUAAUAUAGUACGUAUGGAACGUACGUACCAUAUAUAUAAUAUAUAACGCUUUGUUCUCUAAUAAAAAAUUGUCUACCUCACUCCGCCUUAAAAAUAAAUAGUUUUGAUGAGAAAGUGCACUUUAUAAAGAAUAAAACUCAAUAGUCAAAUUUGUACGUUUAUAAUAAUAAAUAAAUGGAAAUUUAUAAGUUAUUGAUC